UCAUUUCCUUCAUUAAAAAAACCGUCCCGGCAGUUGCUUCCGUUUCCCCUCGGCUCCCGGUACACGACAAAGACAACACCUUUGAAGCCUUCUUCCUCCCAACUUCUCCACUUCGCUCAGUACCGUACCACCUUCCUCCCUCGCAACUAUGUAGCCCAGCCAGAAGAUUCGCGUGUCGUCGUUUCUGCCCUUUUCUCCUCUCCAAUGGCGAUCAAGGCCGCCGCCGACGAAACAGAGCCCCUCCUCGUCGAGCACAAAUCAACCUCACAGCUCGCUCUCGUCGGCUCACGUGUCUGCCCUAUCGAAAGCCUCGACUUUGAGAUCGCGGAGAGCGUGCUGGUGAACCAGGAUCGGCGUGCGCGUAAUGGCCGAGUUGAGAUAUUUCGGAAAUUGUUCCUCAAAUGGGCACUCUGCUUCCUAAUCGGCAUCUUCUCCGCCUGCGUAGGGUUUUUCAUCAACCUUGCUAUUGAGAACAUCGCAGGCGUCAAGUUCGUCGUUACUUCCAACAUGAUGCUUGCCAAUAG